AUGUAAUCUUACCACAGAAAACAGAUACAUGUACAUGUGGUUGCAACCAGCGACUGCUUCGAUAUAGGCAAGCAUGAAUAACGUGUUCUUAACAUCUCUACUGGUCAGUCUUUGUUAUGCGUCUCUACAUCCAGCUAUCAGACAAGACACAGAGAAGAAUGAGCUGAUACUGUCCUUUCCAAAGAUCCCUGGUGUUGAUACAGUUGAGUUGGCCUACUCACUCCAUGACCAAGGUGCACAAAUACAUUCCGUGAUCAACACUGUGAGGGUGUAUAAACAUGCACAUGGAUCUUUCACUUACAAAGUUCCAACUGAGGAAGCAUUUACUGACAAAAAAGUGCUGGAGUAUGCAAUAAAAUAUCUGUCUACAAGUGGCGACGUCGUAUACCACCUUGCGGACGUAUAUACCGUUCCCGCUGCCUCAUCUCUUAGCCCCCGGCUAUACAGGCGCAGCCAUACCGUCAUGUAUGACGUCUUCAACAGUAACCAUCUCGAUAGUAGCAAAUGGAAGCAUGAAGUCACUUGCUGGGGAGGAGGGGGUGGUCAGUUCCAGAUGUACACACCAGAAGCAGCCAACACCUACAUCAAAAACGGCUAUCUCUACAUCAAACCGACACUUACGGCUGACAAGUUUGGAGAAAACUUCCUUAACCAUGGAGAUUUGGACGUUAGCAAGCAAUGGGGAACGUGUACGUAUCAAAGUGACAGUGGAUGUCACCGUCAGGGAUCGAAGAAUAAUAUCCCACCAAUCAUGUCGGCUAAACUCUACUCAAAAGCUUCCAUCACCUACGGAAGAAUCGAAGUUGUUGCAGAGUUACCUAAAGGAGAUUGGUUAUGGCCAGCUAUCUGGAUGCUUCCACCAUCAAAACCUUGGAAAUAUGGUGGAUGGCCAACUUCCGGAGAAAUAGACAUCAUGGAAUCGAGAGGUAACGUGAAUCUAAAGGACACAGGUGGGCAUGACCAUGGUGUUCACGUGGCGUUGUCGACGCUCCAUUGGGGCACAUCAAGCCAGCACCGGCAACAGUCUCAUUCAGCGACUGGCUCAUGGGGCGAUGGCUUCCACACAUACGGCCUUGACUGGACAGCUGACCACAUAAGGUUUGAAAUAGAUCACCAUCCUGUGGAGAUCAUGUCGACGCCUUCCAACGGAUUUUUCUCAUACAGUCAUCUCUCUGGCACCAAUCCCUGGGCCAAGGGUGGUAAAAACGCACCCUUUGAUGGACCGAUGGGUCUCAUCUUGAACGUUGCUGUGGGUGCCACAGAUGGUUAUUUCCAAGAUUCGUGGCAUAAUCAGAAUGGCAAACCGUGGAGGGACAGCUCCCACACCGCCAUGAUGGACUUCUGGAAGAACAAGCACCAGUGGCAGUCUACCUGGCAUGGUGAAGACGUUGCCAUGAAGAUCAGAUCAGUCAAGAUGAUACAGUAUUAGAUUGGAUAUGAUGAACCAAGAGGCAUCAUGUCACUCUACAAUAAAUCUUACCUGACAGCAAAA